AUGAGCCAUACUUCCGUCAUUACUUUGAACGUGACCCAAGCAAGGGAAUCAAAUGAGUUUAUAGUAGUAACAGUUGAGGCUAAUCCUCACAGAAUCCCAGUUUAUAUGUCUAAGCCCACACCCCUGUGGAAUAUUCCCCGAUCGCUUGAUUUUGGCAUACUAGUACAAGAAAACAAAGUAAUAACAAAGAUACUUCCCAUCGAAAAUCAAGGUUCACAAACUGGAACGUUUCGGAUAUUGAAUACUUCUAGCCCUUCAAUUGCUAUAGUGCCACGGUUUGGUCGAGUUGGGCCAUUUUCUCACACUGAUUUGAAAGUAACCUUCAUUCCAAAAAAGAUUCAGGAUUUCAUGGAAUCUGUCAGGUUUGAACUGGAAGAAACUAAAUUUUUUAACCUUGAGAUCACUGGCAAAGUCAUAAAACCAGAGUUUAGAAUUACAAGCUGUAGGACUGUUGAAAAUUCUAGAGGUGAAGAUGACGCUCCGAUAAGCCACUGGAACUUUGGCUAUGUUUAUUACAAUACUGAUGUUUCGUGCACUUGGAACCUAGUAAACUACUCUCCAAGGGAUGCAUCAUUUGCCGCUAGUUUUUACAAUAAGAAUGAUUCUAAGUCGACAAACAACACGGGCAUUGAAAAUCCAUCAAAAAGUGAAAAGAGUGAUUCACCAAUCCAACUAAGUGAGUAUUUUGGCAUAAAUCCUGACCACGGGGAACUAAAACCAUUUGAGAAGCUACCAGUUUCUGUGUGUCUUGCUCCGCGGUGGAAGAAGUCAAAACAAGGAUUUGUCAGUUUAAAUGAAUCUCCACCGGUAAAGCCGUUUUCUGUCUACUUGCGUAUACGCAAAGUAGAUUUGGGAGCGGGUGAUUGGUCUAAUAAAGAGGAAUUAAAAAAUUCUACAAGAUCUUCAUUUGUAUCGGAUGACAAAAGUAACUUGGAAAUUAUCAUAACAGGAUGCCUGAUACCAGUACAAUUAUUGAUUUCACCAGUCACCCAACAGCUUGAUGUGGAAAGACAAGUCAUGAGCUCAGAUGAAGGAAGUAGUGAAAUCAAUAUGACGAUCAUUAAUGAAAACAUAAAAAUUAAGCAACUGUAUGAAAACCAACUAAGUGUGAAUUUUCCUGCAUGUUUAAUUGGACUAAAAGAAUGUGGUUACUUAAAAUUGUCGAAUCAGAGCAAACAUCUGCCAAUCCAUUUUCGAAUACCUCGAAUUGCUCACUUUACUGUGACACCGGAUAAAGGAGUGAUUCGCCCACUGAAAGCUUGUCCAAUUGUGGUGUCCUUUAGUCCAAAACAAUUUGUGAAAUUCAACCCAGGUAUCGUUCCUAAGUGGGCACAUGAAGUUGGAAGGAAUACGGAUCUUGUCACAUUUGGCUCAGAUUAUGAAUGUCCAAGAGCUGCCAUCAUCAGUCUUAUGAGUAUGAAAAGUUUGAGAGGUUUACAGUCACAUGUAUCAAGGUCGGAACCACUAACUAAAAUGUCUACAAAGGUCACUUUCCCAAAUGACAGAUAUACCAGUAUUCGACCGACUAAUAAGCAAGAAGAAUUUAAAACACUAUUUUGUCGUUUGACAAGAUAUACAUACACAGAUCCAGAUUAUGAAUGGAACAAGGAAGAAUCGAAUGAAAUAUUUAAACGACAGUUAACCUAUGCUGAUGUUUAUAGAAAUCAUGCGCAGCUAAUCGAAAGAAUUCAAGAAGAUCGUAAAUUAAUGAAAUGGAAUGAAUCACCGGAUGAUGGUGUUGUUUUUAUGGAAUUGGAUAGAUUAUCACCGAAAUUGAAAAUUGAAAAAUUCGAAGAAUUUAAACAAGUAGAUAAAAUCAAGUCAAUAAACCAGACGAAAAGCACAAGAAGCGCAAGAAAGAGCAUGAAGAAAAAGGCUGAAAAGGUCUUGCCACUUAAAAUGGUUACUAAAAGUAAAGUCAAUGAAGAAUGCAACAAAACGUUAUCAGUUAAAGACAUUGACGAAAUAUCCAUAUAUCCAACAAAGGUCGAGUUUCAAAAUAUUUGCCCUAAUACGGAAUCUACGCAAUUUAUUACAAUUACUAAUCCAUUGAAACAGUGCAUUUCAUUUAAGCUGGACACCGAUUUAGAUGAAUUCAAACCAACCGAUAUAAGGGAAUACAUAGUUCAACCGAAAUCAUCACUUGAUAUACCAAUAAGAGUAAAAAUUUCAAAAUUAUGCAAUUUUCAGUGUAAUUUGGAUUUCUCAGUCAAUGAUCGACAUAAAAGCAAUUUAGUUGUGUGUGCAACAGUCGUGCCAGUUCAGUUGACUCUCAGCUCAUCUACAAUUGAACUUACAUCAGCUAAUCUAUCUUAUGGUCUAAUUAAAGUAAGUGGAAUGCGUGGAUAUGUUACAUUAAUCAAUCCGUUGCAUGCACCAGCAAGAUUUCUUUGGCAAUCAUCUGGCGUUCAAAAUCCAUUUACAAUAUGUCCAAAAACAGGCAUUGUAGAACCGUUUUCGUCUUUGAAUUGUGAGUUACUCAGAGUAGAUGAAAAGCAUGCUGGGACAUCGCCUUCAGCAAUAAAUGAUUUAUCUGGACACCAUAAAGAUAUUGAGUUAUUAUGUAGAGCAAAACUGUUACCGAGUAAAUUAUCAUUUUCAACACGCCGUCUACCACUUGGAUCAUUAGCACAUGGUUUGCCUUGUACGCGUCAAAUAACUAUAUUCAAUUUAGGACAAAACUCUGUCCUCUUCAACAUCAAUAAAGAGUCCAAAAAUGUUAAUAUUAACGGCGACAUUACAUCGUAUAUGCACCGGUUAUCAGGAGCUCUACCAGCUAAAGUUGACAUGCAAGUUGACCCAAGUGAAGGUGAAAUACCUGUUAGCGGUGAGAUAACUCUGAAGGUCACCUGUGUGCCUAUCGGUUUGGGAAAAUUCGAAUCUUCUAUGGUACUGAGCACUUAUGACGGUCAGAAUAUUGACUUGUCCGUAUGCGGAACAGUACUCAAACCGGAAAUUGAAUUAAUUUCGAAUCUGUAUGAAUUUGGUGGUGUCAGAGUUGGUUCAAUGAAAAGUCUUCCACUUGGCAUAAUUAAUCAUGGCAUCACUCGUGUAUUAAUUGAGAUUGACUUAAAAAGUUAUGAUGAAUUCCAAAUUUCAGACUGUGUGAAUUCAUUUUCGGCAGAUGAAUAUAUGAAUGAAAGAAUCAACACGAAUGAGACCAAGGUGUCGACACGAAGCCAACUGUCUAAUUUAUCUAACUGCGAUCAACUGGAAAAACACUCUAUGAUUAGUAUUGCAAAUCCACAUUCUCAUAGUUAUUUGGAAUUUGAUUCGGAGAGUAAUGUUUACCACAUUUUUGUAUCACCUAGAACCAAAUGGGUCGGUAGUAUAAUUUAUAAACCAAAAGUUGUAUCGUUUCAUGACUUCACGCUUCCACUUGUUAUCAACAAACUUCAUCCGAAACUAAUCAGCCAAAAGUUUGGGCAAACGAAUAGUGAUCAAGAGCGACCGGCAAGUGAAACUGAAGCAAAUUCAAAGCUAAUCACAGAAGAAUAUGAAGCUCAGGAUCCCGGACUAAUCAACAGCAGAAUGAAAGAAAUGAAAUACACAUCAAAUUUAAACAUUAGUACAAUAUAUAAACUAUUUGAUGAAAUAAAAUUCUCACAGAAAGAAUUUCUUGACACAGAGGACACAUCUUCAGAUCGAACUUCUAACCUAGGUAGUAACGUGAGACAGCAAUCUGUCGGAAAAUGUACAUAUGGUUUAACGGAUUCAAACAAUAACAUUCGCGAUAUUGCCAGUAGUCCAAUCACUGGCAUAAAUCCUUCUGGAAACCUGGAAGAUUCUGAUCAACCAAGAUCGUCACCGUCAACAACUGCUACAAGAAGAACCAAUUGGUAUGGGUCAUGUAUAUUCCUACCGGACUGGCAGUUAAUUGACCGGGCGGCAACGGAACAAGUACAACGUUGGCUAUGCGUACACGGAUUUCCAGUAGGACGUUACCCAUUAAAAUUUCCAGAUGACUUUCGAAAUUGCAUAUCACUAACAGCUACUAUAUCUGAUAUUUCAAUUAUGGGUGACAAACAAAAGUCUAACCCUAAAUUCACACAAAAUGCAUUACCAAAUGAAUCAAAUCAAAGUGUCAGUCUCAGAAGAAACAAUAAUCAACCAAGUGAAACAGUUUCACGCAGUCUAAAUCCAUUAUAUAACUGUCUGCAACACCUUUGUUGUAAUAAGCAACCACCUGGUCUACUUCCCUCAAUAAAUUUGCCAAUAGAUAAUCCUUAUGAAGCAUUAUCAACUGUUUAUUUCUACUGUUCUGCUUUACUGACAUUUGCACGAAGUCAAGGCAGUUGCUUACCACAUAUUUUACCAGAACAUUUGAUGGAACCAAACGAUUAUCGUUUAUGGUACAAAUAUGGAUGUCCUGGUUUAACAGAAUCUGCACGCACAGUGUGUACAUCAAUGAGCCAGAGUCUAAACACCAUACCAACGACAGACUUUGAAAAACCACAAGCAGCUAACUAUGGCAGUAAACAGAAUAAUUAUGAUUCAAUAAAGAUUGAUUUAUGCCUUCUGAGUGAAUCAACGGUAGAACGGUUUUUAAUAAUAUCUGAAAGGGCAUGGACAGAUUUAAUGCUGCAGAUAAUCAAGUGUCUUCUAUUCAAUCGAAUAACCACUAGCUCACUUGACCUGAUUACUUUACCGCCAAAAGUGUUACGACUAAACCAGACAUGUUCAUUGUCAUCAACCUCAUCAUCAGCGUCUUGCCCACAUCAGAAUGAGUCCAGUAGAUCAGACCAAGUUGUGGCACAUGCAGUACGCUUGCCGGCUAAGAAUAACAGUAUACAAAAAUCUAAACCGACACAUCUGAAUGAUACACAGGUGAAUAGUUGUUAUUCACCGUGUGAACGUAUCCUUUUGGCUUGGUUAAAUUACUGUUAUCAUCAGUAUGCGUGUCAGAUAUGGCCGGAGAGGAAAUCAGUAUUCAAGGAUAGCUGGAUUGUUACUAAUUUUGAUAAUGAUCUACGAGAUGGAAUUGUACUAGCCAGUACCAUCGGUGCAUAUAUACCUAGUCUUAUCCCCAAUUAUUUAUCUAAAAUGUAUACACAACCAACAUCAAAUGAGCAAUGUUUUCAUAAUGCAAUUAUUGUAGUUCAAGCAUUAAGAGUAAUUCGUUUCGAAUACGAUUUAUAUCCAUCCGAUUUAACAAGUCCACAUCCAUUUGGAAUGUCACUAUUAUGCUUACACUUAUCCUGUCAACUACCUGACUAUUUACCGAAACAAACAAUACAUUUUACAGGUCUUUUAAAUUCUACAACAAAACGUCAACUAGUUAUUACAAACACUAGUUCUCAUACAUUAACCUACUACUGUGUUAUAAUUGGUCCAAAUGCAAUCGAUUUUACUUGUACACUCAGUGGAAAUUUAAAUAAAUCUACAAAACGUGAAAAUAAUAAAGUGCAUACCAAUAGAAACGAAGCAAAAAAGUCAAAACGUUCAGCAGAUUACAACGUUACUGUCAAUAAUAGUAACGAACAGUUGUGUAACAAUGUGAAAGAAAUGAGAAUUACCAUAUCACCGAAAGGGAAAAUUCAGUUAUGCAUUGAAUACAAAUCUCGUUUCCUAAAACCAACAGAAGCAAUAUUUUUAGCAGUCUCUCAACGUCAAAAUACAUUUCAAGGCAAAAACUUAUCAUUCUUACUGUCAGGAAGUGUUGGUGGACUUGAAAUGCUACCAGUUAAAGUUGUCAAAUCACCAUGUUAUCAAAUGACAGAAUUCAAGCUACCAGUUAUAAAUCCAUAUAAAUUAGAUGGUAUAUUUCAGAUAACAGUGAUCGAGAGUCGUAGUGAUUUAUUUAACUCACUAUGCCAAGUUCAGGGCUUAAAUACAAUCACAAAAGAAUCACAUUCUGAAAAUAUUUUGGCCAGUGAAACAUAUUCUGUUACAGAACGAAGUUCAUUUGACCAAUCAUCAGAAAAUAGUCAGCUACCUCCAGAAAUCUUGAAAGAAUAUUAUCAAAGAACUCAAUACCAGUCGUUUUACUGUCGUGAGCUUACUAUUCAAUUAUCUGGGAACGUUAACAACACCAGUACAAAUUUAUACCCCAUCAAGCAGUCCACUAGUGAAGAUAGUAAAGUGCAACAGAAAUAUGACAGUUAUAUUCGGAAUUUAAGUGAAGUAUCCAUUGUCUACUUACCCUUAGGAUGGGGUACAAGAGAAUGUUGCUUAUUGCUAUCUAAUGAUAAGAUUGGUGAAUUCGUUAUGCUUCUAAAAGGUAUUGCUCAAUUACCACAGCCGAGUCUGUUGCCGUUUUCUGAUUUUCAAAAUGAUCUAAACACUGAGAAGUCUCCUACACAAAAAGAAAGAGGAUAUCGUAUUAGAUCUGCAGUUGCAGCAGCAUCUUUUGGCCGUUCAGGUGAUCCAAAUGUUAUAUACCUACGAUGUCCCCUAGGAUGUGAAGUACAAGAGACCUUAUUGUUACCAGUAAAGAAUGAAUUACGUCGAACGGCUUUGUUAAACGCUAUACGCAUACGACUGCCACCGUCUGAAGUCAGACGUCGUCAAAUAGCGAAUACACUGGAGUCAGAUGAAUUACUUGAACUUGCUAACAAGGAGUUGAUACUACCCAACUAUGAAGAAAGUGCAUCUGGAAAAAGAACAAAACCACAGAAAAGACUGCAUAUGUCGCGUCAUUUACUGUAUACUGUCGAAAUUGAUUCCAACAUGAUACAAGUCCCAUCAAAGAUACAAGUGCCACUUCAAACAGAUUCAGAUUCCGAUUCUACAUUUCCACUUCCUCUAAAAAUUGUGGCUGAUAAACCAGGCGUAACUUCGGCUAAACUGGUACUACAAGGUCCAGAUGAUAUACGACUUUAUCGUAUUGAAUGCGUAGUUUUGCCUGGAAACGAGAAGAUCGUUUUAACAUUUACUUCGCCACUAAAUCAUCCUAUUACCCAACCUUUGCCAAUUGUGAAUAAAACAGCCUAUGAUUGGGAGUUAGUUUCGAAGUUUGUGGGUUACCCAAUAUGGUUUACUGGGCCGUCCGUUGUAAAUAUACCGUCAAAUACAACUGUUCAAUAUCCUAUAACCUAUUUACCCAGAAGAGAAGCGGAAAGUCAUACGAAACUUAUCCUUCGAAAUAUGACUGAUGGUAGUCAGUUACAAUAUCACUUAAACGGAACUGUUCUGAAGCCAAUGUCACUGGGCAAAAUUAGUCUUGAAUUUACAAUCAGUGCUUGUGAAGUAAGAGAAGGAAUCUGUAAGAUUUCAAAACAAACUCAUUUACAAACAUUCAGCGUAAAAAUACCAAAUUCUACAUCAAUUAAACAAAGUUUUCAACUACAAACAAAUCUACCUAAAGGUUUAAUUGAAUGGAUACCAAAUAGUCAGAAGCCUAUGGUGAAUUGUAUUGAAGUUAUGUCUGGUCGUACUGAUGAUUGUAAAUUCCAGGUUUCCGCUUCAAAACGAGGAUGUUAUCGAGGUGUUUUGGUUUUUGUUGCAAACGCUCGAAAUAAUAAUUCAGAUAGUGAUGAUGAAGAUGGAAAUGAUGGACAGCUAAAGUUGAAUCCAGCCUAUCGAAUUUGGUAUGAAAUAGAAAUCAACAUAAAACCAGGUCCACCAAUAAAACAAGUUGAAGUUGUUUGCCCAUGUCUAAGUUGCAAAACUAUUGAAUUACCGUUUACAUUACAAUUAGAAUGGUUCACAAACAGUCAAACAAUUGAAUUUGAUGUAACCAUAGAUGAUAAAUGCCUAAGUGGUGCUAAAAUACAUUCUUUACACUUCGAUGAUAAUUCUGGAAAAAGUUCAUCGGUCUACCGGUUAGAAUAUACUCCAUCCAUCAUUGGAGUCAGUAAUGCAGCUGUUAUUUUUCAUAACCCGAAUUGUGGAGAGUUUUGGAUUGAACUUAUAUUGAGGGCCAUAAAACCGGAAUCUGUCAAUGUGCCACUUAUAGAAGCCGAAUUAGGAAGCUCAAAAGUGACUAAAAUAGUACUAAACAACCCAACUGAUGAAUUUUACAUUUUAAAACCAAAAUUAUUCAAUACUGAAGUCUUCAAAUUACAGUUAGCUACAUCAGCUAGCCAGCUAGCGAAUAUAACGUCCUCAAAAGCAUCAGGAAUUGAUGAUGUUUACUCCCACUUACAAAACUCAACAAUAUGUCAAUAUACUGAAGAUGGUUUAUUAGCUCUUAGUGAAGAUUUGAAAUAUUCAUCUCAAGCAUCAUUGAUCAAUCGAAGUGCUUCAAGUACACUAGACGGGAUAAUUAAAUUAAAGCCAAAAAGUACAUUAUAUCUCGGAUUAAAAUUUACACCAUGUGCUAUUGGAGAAGCAGAACACCAAGGAUCGAUAGUAUUCCAUUCAGAGAAACUGACAGAAUGGUGUUUCAUGCUAUUUUGGCAGCGACAGGCCAGCCAACAUAAAUAUUUAUUCAACUUUUCAACUUUUGAUGAAACGACAAAAAAUAUACCUUUAAAGAGUAAAACAGUCUUUGAAAUACCCAUAUCCUAUGCGCCGAUUGAAAUGCGAGAACAUGAAGCCCUUUGCACAGUUAUUAUGCACAAAUCAAAUUCAACCAAAUGUGGAUCAAGUAAAGUAGAGAAAUCAUCAUCUAUACGUUGGCUGAUUCCGAUAAAAGGUAUUCCGGAAAUGAAGUCACUUUCUUACCCAUUAUCGGAUUCCAGAGAAUUAACCUUGCCUUAUUAUUGUAACUACAAUAAAAAUGCAUUUAGAAAGCCACUUGUGAUCAAUGGAACUGUACGAUCUAAAUCAUACUACAUAGUAACUUUGAGACUAUUAAACUCAUUAACUCAUACAAGUGAUCAGAAUUUAUCGUUUCGUGAUCAAAUGAAAGAUAUUGAAGUUCAUUCCCUGACAUCCAAAGAAGAACGAAGUAAAUUUGAUGAACAAAUGUUUGGUAAAACCGCAGUUGCAACUACUGAAUCAUUAUUCAAUCAGUCAGCAUUGUGGGAACAAAUUCAAGUGGGAAAUUUAGAAUGGACAAUGAAACCGGUUAUAAAAAAAGAAGAUGAACCCUUAGCUAAACUAAUUGAAUUAGAUAAAGUCUUAGUGAGAUCGUUAAACAUGAAAUUACUUCAGGUUAAGAAACAUGAUGAUUUAGAAUUCACAGAACUAGACGUCGGCAUGAUAUUUUCACCAUCACUUUCAUUCAAAUGUAGUGCAGAUUUAAUGGUACGUACGUGUCUUGGGGGAAUUUGGAAAUUUGGCCUGAUUUUCAAAUCGAAAGAUCCUCCAGUUGAUGAUACAAUCUAUUUUCCACAUCGAGGAAUUGGUCGUUCAGUUAAAGUUCAUUUGGCCUUAAAUAGUCAAUUAAAUGAACCACUGAAAUUUAUUGCAACAUUAUAUCCUGAAAUCAAACUGAAUAUACCAUCCAACCCCUCACUUACUGAUACAGACGGAGAGAAUGGAAUGGCAUUAUCAACUAAUAGGAAACAUCCCAGUAUACAAAGCACCGAAGGGGAAGCCGCAUCCGACCACAUACGUCAUUUGAACGUCGAAAAACAACCACACUGA